UAAGGAUUUCUUCUGCUUGGUUGAAUGUAUUUAAAACAAAACAAUGUAAAUAAAAAUUGUAAAAAAAAAAUCUAACAAAAUGUCAUCUACCAAAACCUCAAGUGAAAAACUACGUGAAAAGACGUUUCUAAAACAUUUGCAAAAACGACGCAAAAGAAAAAUUCCCCUUUUAAGGGGAAUUUAUCACAAUAAAAUGUUAAAAAUCUUAGUGAUACUAGUAUGCUCAGUACAGCUGCUGCAACAUUUAAAUAUCCUGCAUAUAACAAUAGAGGCAGCGAUCUCUAAUCAAACUCUAACCACAAAGGUGGCAACCACAACUCCCACUAUACCCUUAAAGGGUAAUAAAAUCAAUGAAACAAAUGUAAAUCAAUUACGCAAUAAAACCAUGAGACGUAGUAUUAAUGUAAAUAGUAGUUUUAAUCAUCAAAAUGAAAUUGUACAAAAUAAACCUGAACAUUCAAUACAAACAACAAAACGUAAGCUAAGACGUAAACCUUUAGUAGCGGGAGGAGGACGUAUACAGCAUAAUCGUACCCAUCACAACAUGGGUCCGACUAGAUUUAAGGGAAAACGUAGAAAGUAUACAAAACCUUCUGCGACGUCCUCCUGGCAGCAACAACAACAGCAGCAGCAGCAUCAACAUCAUAGACAAAAUAAUACAAAUUUAUUUAAACCAAAGAAUUAUACAACCAUAAGAACUACCGCCUCCACUUCAAUAUCCUCCUCCACCUCUAGCAGUUAUCCUUUCAUGACGCAACAGCAACAACAAUUCUCCUAUACAAAUCGUUCGUAUCAGCGACAACAUCAAUAUCAACAACAAAGUGUACAAAUUCCCUCCUCAACCAUACGAGUCUCCUCUACCAUUGAUCAUCAUCAUGUGCAGCAGCCUUCAUCGUUUGAUAAUUCUACUCGGUAUUAUCCCUCGACCAAUAUUAAACAUUAUAUUGGUGUUAAUUCGACCAGUGUACAUGAUAUACCCUUUCAGCAACAAAAUGUUGUUAUACAGGGUAAUACAGAUAUUGUAGUUUAUCGUAAUAUUGGUCCUGUGCCCUGUCCUCCAGGGGUACGUUUAGUACCGCAUCGUGUUUUGACUGCGACACCAGAUCCACGUUUACAUCGCCCAAGGG